GUUUUCUCUGUGUUUUAAUAUCGACCAAUAUCGACUGUACGGGCAGGAGUCCGCAGGAGUCGUGGAAUGACCGUCAUUGUGGUCCUGUGUUUGUACAUUUCACAAAUUAGUGGGGAGAGUGAAUAGUAAUUAAACGUGAUGACGUCAUUUCCAGGCGUGGUAAAGAUGGCUGUUUCCUUCCGCUAAUAGGAGAGAACGAAAUACAGUGAAUUCACAGUUAUUGUUAAUUAGCCAGUGUUUAUUUAUCAAUGGCGAAAGAUGACAACAAUAAAUUGUACAUUAACGUGACUGUGUGUAUGUCUCGUGAUAUUCCUUCCCAAGAAAGAGGGUGAAAAUGGUGCUUUGUGAUUUCACGUUUCCACCUUUUGAAGGUUGAAGCUGUUGGUUGAAUAUGUUCUUUCCCUAUUGAAAUUUAUCGGAUGUUGUAAAUGUGAAGUGAACUGUAGAAUCACCCCUUUUCUUUUUCUGUGGGGUGUAUGUGUGUGUGGGUGAAGUGUACUGAAAUAUGAACUUCAAAGAAACUUUUUGAAGCUAAAUACAGAAGUUAUUUUAAUCCAUAUUGGUGGACAUACAAGAAAUUAUUUAAUAAUUGCAAAAAUCAGAAAGCCAAGAUGUCGUUCUUCACAAAAUUGCAGAAAGUACUUCAUAUAGGAGGAGGAAAUGAAGCUAAAAAGAAGAAGUUAUUUAAUAACAUCAAAAUGGAUUGUGAUCCUGCAGAGUUUUGGGAAAUGGUUGGAGAGUUAGGGGAUGGUGCAUUUGGCAAAGUGUAUAAGGCCCAAAGCCGAGCUGAUACAUCAAGAUAUGCAGCUGCAAAAAUGUGUGCUUUGGAAGGAGAAGAUGACUUAUCUGAUUUUAUGAUAGAAAUUGAUAUUCUAUCAGACUGUAAACAUCCAAAUGUUGUAGAUUUACAUGAGGCAUUUUUCUUUGAAGGAAAACUUUGGAUGUUAAUUGAAUACUGUGAUGGCGGUGCUUUGGAUUCAAUUAUGGUGGAGUUAGAAAAACCUUUAACAGAGCCUCAAAUUGCCUAUGUUUGUCAGCAGAUGUGUCUAGGAUUAGAAUUCUUGCAUCAAACUGAUUUUGGAGUGUCUGCCAAAAAUAAAUAUACUCUUCAGAAACAUGAUACGUUUAUUGGAACGCCAUAUUGGAUGGCCCCAGAGGUAGUAUUAUGUGAGACGUUUCGGGACAAUCCUUACGAUUUCAAGGUAGACAUCUGGUCUUUGGGAAUUACUCUUAUAGAAUUUGCUCAAAUGGAACCACCCAAUCAUGAAAUGUCUCCUAUGCGUGUCCUCCUUAAAAUUCAAAAAUCAGAUCCACCAAAACUGGAUCAACCUUCCAAAUGGUCAAAGGACUUUAAUGAUUUCAUUGCUAAAUGUCUUACUAAAGACCCUAGUCAAAGGCCUACUGCUGAUGACCUGAUUAAGCAUCAAUUUAUAAACUGUACUUUGGAUGCCAAACCUAUUAGGGAUUUAUUAUUAGAAUACAAAGCUGAAGUGGUGGAAGAAGAACUUGUAGAUGAAGAUGCUGAGCGGGGUAGGAAACAGAAAAAACACAGAGAACAAUACCAGCGCAUUGUGCCUGACAUGGGGACAACAGAAAAGGAUGCCGAUGGGCUGAAGAGAGAAGCUGAAAAAUCUGAAGAGGAGGUUGAGAGGAAGAAAUUGCGAAAAGAGGAUGAAGGCAAAAAGUUGAAGGAAAAAGACGAAACAGUUGGUGGUGAUGCUGAGAAGAAAGCAGCUUCGAAAAAGAUAUCUGAAGGGCAGGAGAGGAGGGUCUCUCGGGACAAAGGUCCUGCACCUCCCCCUCCAGUUCUGCCUGUCAAGAUAACUGAGACUCCUGCUACUCCUCCUGCAUCACCUACUACAGUACUGCCCAGUGUGCCAGCAGCAGUUCUUCCGGGUGUGCCUCAACAACCUCCUGUGACCCCACCAGCUUCUGCAACUGCUUCGGUGCCUUCUAGCACCCCAUCAAGCAUAGCCAUCGGUCACCAGGAGGUAGAAGAAUUGCCUCAGAUCAGUGUACCACCUCCUGUGUUACCACCUGGGCAACUUCUUAUAUCAGAAAUCAGUGGUGUGACACAAGAUGAAACAGAAGACGCUGAUGAAGUGAAUUCAGCCUCUCAACCUGAAUCUCUAGCCAACAGGCGAGAUGAAAAUGCAACCCAAACUCUUUUUAUGCCCAAGACAUCCGUCCAGCAUCACCAAAGUGAAAACUUUAAUCAAAAUAAUGUAAGCAUCCACUCCUCAAGUCAGGAGUCUUCACCGCACUUAUCAAUGACAGUGUCUAGUGACAAUGCAGAAUCGAAAGACAAGAAAGCAGUUCCAAUCCGUCCCAGCCUCAGCAGGGAUUCCUCUAGGGAAGAAGUGAUUGACCAGGAUGACCUUAGUGCAAGCAAAGAAAAUUGUAAAACCAAUAUUUCCCUUAAAACCAUUUCAGAUCCCAAUACUGAAGACAAAAUAGCAAGCUCGCAUACUAGUGGAGAUGUCAUCACAGUAUCAGGAUCUAAGCAAAUCAAGGAACCUUCAUCAGAACAUAAGUUAAAUAAAUCCAUGGUAACUAUUACGUCUGACUUGCGGGAGGAUUUGAGUAUUGCUUCAGGAAAUGUGACUCAGGUGACUGUUGUUACAACACAUCCUCCCGUCAUUCUCCCUCCAAUAGAUAGUUCAACACCCAUUAAAACGCCUGGAGUUGCCUCUAAAAUACCUUUGCUAGAGAAGAGUGGGGAAGUUGUAAUUGUGGCGAAUGAAAUGAAUAAGACUCAAAUUAAUGAGUCUUCCACUGAUGAUGACAGUUAUCCUCUAAUGGAUUCUCUGGAAUACCAUAAUACCGGUAUUGACCAUUCAGUUGGCAGAUUGUGUGAUAAAACAGCUUUGAAAGCACAGAAACUAGAUGAAAGUGAAGUUCUGAUUGUAAGUCCUAGCAUAGUUGAUGAAAGAGAUCGAGCAGCACCUGAUUAUGAUGAAUUUGUUGAUACUAAACGGCUUAAAGAUACCAGUCAUGUCUCUGUAGUAACUGUGGGUGAAGAUGAAGAAGAAGUAAAAGACUCUGCUUCUUCUAAAGUGGUAGACGAAGGGGCUGGUGGAGAUAGCAGAGAUAUUCAACCUGGAAAUCAUGUUAAGGGAUCACAGAGUGAUGUCUCAAAUUUGUCUCUGGGAAGAAGCAGUAAAAGUGAUUCUGGGCCUGAAGAUGAUUUGGUGCGAACAUCUAUAAUGGUCGAAGGAGCUGGUGAUUCUUCCAAGAAAGACUCUGUGCCCAAUAAAAAACAGAAUGGAGAAGCAGUGAGAGCUAGACAUGAUUCUGGGGAGGAGGUUUUUAUUGUUGUCAACAGUUCCACAAAUGUGCAAAGAAGUGAUGCUGUUUUACCCAGUGAUUCUGAUUCUAGUGGGGGAAGUACUGGUUUGGAGACACCCCCUCCCAGUGGAAAGAAAGUCAUUGAUAGGUCUGAUGCUGAAAGUGUGUCUACAACUAUUAGUCAGGACAGUAGAGAAAGUAACAAAGAAAAUCAACCGGCUCAAGAUUCUCAUCCAUCUGAAGAUGAAGUUGUCCUGAGGCGAAAGCCAGAUUAUAAUAAGCAGGAGGGUGGCCGAACGGGACGUACCAAGGAAGAUUUGCAGAUCAUGCAUUUGAAAAAGAAAACUCGUAAGAGAACUCGCAAAUUUGAAAUCGAUGGUGUUGUUGUGACCACUACCACCAGCAAAGUUAUUUACGGAGAUGAUGAAAAUGGAAAAGUGUAUGAUGAUCAUAUAUUCAGGAAACAAGAAUUGAGAGAACUGAAGAUGCUGCAAAAACAAGAACAGAAACAAUUCCAAGAUUUAUCUUUCAAAGCUAAUUUUGCAAAAGACCAACAGGACAAAAGGUUUGAUCAAGAAAAAAUCGUUCUGCUUCGAACGUACGAACAAGAUAUGGAUACAAUGGUUCGUCAGCAAAGACAACAGGUGGAACGUGCCGAAACCCAACAGGAAGCUGAUUUACGUGUAUCAUCCAAGAAAAUACGUGCUGAGCAGGAACGUGAAUUAAAACAGUUUCGUGAAGGCUUGAAACAAGAACUGCGUCUUUUGAAACAAGAAGUAGAUCUUAUGCCUAAAGAUAAGAGAAAGACAGCAUUUAGAGUUAAAAAGGAAAAGUUGGAGGCUGAACAUGAAGAAAGGGAGAAAUUGUUUUUAGAAAAGCUGAAUGAAAACCACGAAUCUUCUCUACGUCGCCUCAAUGAUACCCACAGGGAGAAAAUAGCAUUAAUGGAGCGACAGUUCUUGCAACAGAAGCAACAACUUAUGCGAUCUCGUGAAGCUGCCCUCUGGGAACUUGAAGAAAGACAAAUACAUGAAAAACAACAGUUAGCCAAAAGGCAACUGAAAGAUAUCUUCUUUUUACAGCGGCAUCAAAUGCUUAUUCGACAUGACAAAGAGUUGGAGCAAAUGAAACGAAUGAAUCAGCGCAAGGAAGAGGAGUUAUUAAAACGCCAGGCUGUUGAGAAACGUGCUCUCCCCAAACGGAUCAGAACAGAAAUGAAAGCACGGGAAAUGAUGUUUAGAGAAUCAAUGCGAAUCAGCUUAUCCUCAACACCAGAUCCUGAAGAGGAAAGGGAUCGACUUAAAAAGGAAAAUGAAAAGAAAAGAUACAGGGCUGAGCAGUUACGAUUUGACUCAAAACAUCUAAAACAACUGGAAGAACUGCGAGCAACAUCUGAAUCCACGAUCAAAGAGUUGGAACAGUUGCAAAAUGAAAAACGGAAAAUGCUCAUGGAGCAUGAAACAAUGAAGUUGAAAGAACAAGAGGAAGCAUACAGCCGUGAAUUGAAAGAGUGGAAAGGUCAGCUGAAACCCCGCAAACAGAAAUUGGAGCAGGAGUUAACUCGUGAGUUCCAUGAAAUGGAGCUGCUCGGCUUCCGAUCUGUAAACUUGAAGAAGUUAACCGGAUCACGAAGCAAUCUUAGUUCUCGUAGCAGUCCUGGUUUACUAUCCAUCCGCUCCUCCCAGUCAUCUCCUUCUUAUACCCCACUUAUGAGUCGCUUAUCAUUAAAACCUCCAAAUUCUGCAAAUAAUCCACGAUCUGCUCCUUCUUCACCAUUUUUUCUUCCUCGAGUAUCUUCUGUAAUGCGCUCACCUUCAGUACUUGUUCUCAGUGAUGACAGUGCACAGGUAUUAUAUGAAAUGUUUUUUGAAAUUCUUUUAUUUAUUUACUAUUUCUUUUCAGAGAGUUGUGCUCGCUUGGAGGAACAGUUUGCACAGCAGCUGGAGGAGCAGGAGCAGGUGUUUGGGCCAUCGCUGCCCCUUCCUGCUGACCUUCCUGAUUUACCUUCAGGACAUGACAUCUCCACCGUUGGUUCUACACGAAGUAGUUUGUCUUCCGUCUCGGAAGGAUGACCAGAGGUUCCUCGGCAGGUGCGUCCUCCACGAUCUAGGUCAUCACUUUUUUCAUAACAUCUGCAAUAAUUUCUGUUAUGUGAAGCAGUAUGUGUUGCCACAUAUUUAUUGCUUCAUGUUGGUAAGACUGGUUCCUUGAAGUAUAGAGGAUUUCCCAUUGAAGUGAUUUUGAUGGCAAUAAGGAUUGAAGUGAGUGAAUUUAAAUGAGUGCCAAAUGAUCUGUGCUUGUGUUAAUAGAAGUUCUGAAGUUUAUCUUAUUUCAAACAUAGCACUUUUAUCAGAGUUGGAAAUAUAUUGAUCCUAGAAUUUUAAGUUGUUCUGUACUUUGUUGUUUUCUAAUAAUUACGUGUCUCCUAUAACAUUCCAUGUAGAUACUGUGAAAAAAUGAUUUCAACUUCAAACCUAGAAAGUUAGUUAUCGAAUUAAUUGCUUUCAUUUGUAGUGUUGCUACCUGUCAACUUAGUGUUAACAUUCUACUUGCAACAUUUCUGUAGCAAAUAAUUUAUCUCUUUUUUUUUUUUUUUUUCCUCAUGGGAUGAAAAGGUUUUUGGUACAGUUGGCAUAUGUACUUUUGACUAUCUUUACUGUUUGUUUUGAUUGAAAUAUUUACUGCUCAAAAUUUUAGCUUCCCUGCUGUAGAUUGGACUGGAUUUUACUCAUAUUUGUGUAUGAAGUCAGUAACUUGAAUCCACUAUUCGCCAGCUUCAAAACAACCUUUGAUAACAUUUCCACUUGUGUAAAAAAAGAAAAAAAAAAGGAGGCUUUUGAUGCAGAAAUUUGUGUUAGAAAGCUAUCAGCUUUUAGAUAAAUUAAAUUUAAUUGCUUGCAAAUAUUUAUUGAAACUUCUUGUGAAUUCAACUUCAAUAAUUUAAACGUUAGUAAACUUCAUAUUUUCUUCAUAAUAAUGAACCAUUCUUUGAAAUAUUGAUUAAUUUAGCAAACAGUCUGUAAUGAUAAUCUUUGUAAUUCAUGGAAUCAAUGAUUUUGAACUAUUAAUUUCUCUCCCAUAUGCAGUAUAGAAUAAUAUGCUGUUUCCCUGAAAAUAUAUUUUUGCUUGGGAUCCUUAAUGCACUAGUUUUAUUGAAAACAUUGCACUAUAAAUGAAUCCUAACAUAAAGAAGUUUCUUGUGAUAUGCAGAUGAAGACAUAUACUUGUCUGCAUUAUCUGUGAUGUAGAAUAUUCCUACAGUGUGCGUUAUUCUACUGUGGGAUUUAUAUUGCUAAUUACUAUUUUGAAGGCAGGGGUAAGGAGACAGGAGGGAGCGUAUGGACUGGAUAUUAUUUUUAUGAAGGAUUUCUGGGAAGAAUUUCAUGAAUUGGGAGGCAGUAUCUGCUGGAGCUGAAGUCUCUCCGGUGCAAUGAAAAUAAGAUUACUCCCAGGUACAAUGCAAACAUUUGAGUCCUACUCCCAGUGUAAAAUUGUAUAUUUGCUGUUACGUUAAUAUGCAUGUGCUAUCUGUUGUGAGUGUGUGUUUGCAAAUGUAAAUAUUACAUUUGAGAAGUGUGAAAUGUGUAAACUCAAAUUUCAGAUUGUACAUAUAGCUAGGUUUAUAUAUUGCUAAGGUAUGUACAUAUGUGAAUUGUUGGUAUUGGGAUGCAGGUGUUACAACCGAUUCUUGAAUAAGUCUGAAUGACUAUUUGAAAAGUUAAGUCUCCCAAGUUGCUCAGUAAUCACAUUAAUAAAAAUGAUGUGUUUUAUGUGGCUUUUCCCAACUAAUCUUAUUUUGUAUCUUAUUGAGAAAGCAGACAGUGUUGGUAAUUUGCACUUAUUAGCAAAGUAAUAUGGUCAGUAUUGUACGGUUAUGCUUUAUGGAUUUUGUAAGUUACUUGAAUAGAGGUGUCAGUAGAUUGAAUCAUAUUCAGAGAUGGCUUGUGUGGCGUUGGCUUAUUGCAGUGGCACUGUUCAGAUUGAGGCACAUUGGAAAACAUCACCAAUAUUUUGAAAAUCACAACAGUUUAAUACUUUGCCUUAUGACAGUAUUGAAGUCUGUUCAUGAAAAUUUUGUACGGAAUUUAUGCUCUAAUUAUUUUAUCUUAAAAUCUAUUCAGUGCCAUUAUUUCACUUUUGAAGCAUCUCUGGAGACCAACAAUGAAGUUGUAAAUGUUUUACUUGUACCUUUGUUAUUUUCUGUUUAUUAAUUUGUACAAAACUGUGUUUUUUGCUUGUUAUAUCGAAACAAAUCUGUCCAAAGUAUAGCUGUGAACUGACACCAUAUGAAAUUUCAUUAUCGCAAGUUCCAGGUGUGGCAGGUAUGCCCACUGCCUUACACAUUUUGUGUACCUUUUGGUGCCACAUUCAGCAUUUUGCAAGAAUGCAUAUAAAAUUGUAUUAUAAUAGCCACUAAUGUGGUAAAUUAUUGGACUACAAAACUGCAUAAAUCACAGUUAUGUUACUUUCUGUUAUUUGACACAAACUUCAUGUAGUUUGUAAUUCCAGUCAUUAUUAAUAAAAUUUAACUAAAUAUUCUAUGAGC